AUGCACUCCCGUUCAGUUCUUACGACAGUCAUCGCGUUCGGAGCUGCUUCCUCUGCUCUCGCUAUUCCAUUGCCAUCUUCCAGUGCUCUCGGUAGCACGGUAUCUUCUUCCACGAUACCAGCGCUAGCGCCUACUACUAUAAAUGCCCGCGAGCUGGAAUUAUCUGUCCUUGAUGGUAAUGAAUGGCAUCCCCUCGCGCAUUAUGCCGGAGAGCUUGACAAGCAACACAUUGAUGCGGUCGCGCAGCUCCUGGGGAAGGAAAACAUGGUUGUUCCUUUGCCUUCCCCCAAGCCCGAUGUCAGUGUUCCACUGGUCCCCGUUCCUAUCUCAGCUGAUGUCACUACAGUCUCAGAACAACUCGCCAACAUCGUCUUCGAUGACCAUACGGAAUCACCGCUCCCUCUCCCUGAUCCUACGGUCAUGCUUCCCAAGGUUGAGUCCGAGUCACUCACAUUGACCCUCGAUGUCGCCCGUCCCGCACCUGGGCUUUCUCCUAUUCGUAUUGAACGACGUACAGGGGAAUCCAAAAUGUCAGACAAAGAGGUCACAAAUUACUUGCUUGGAUUGCCCGAGUCCAAUCGCAUAGCUCUGCAAAUGCACAUCAAAAUGAGUUCAUCGAUCGAGACACAAAUACAGACGUCCAAUAAUUGGGUGGAAUUUCAGAAAAUGGAAGGGGUUGAAGGGUUCAUCAAAGAAGUCACUCAAACUGUCGAGUACCCAAGUAUUGGUAGUUUCCCGGAAUUUAUAAAGGCGUAUUAUGUAUGCGUGAAGCACCAGCUCUUAGGUUGGUGUAUCUGA